AAGGGUUUAUUUGUCAGUUUACAAAAUAAAGUCCUGAAAAAUCUCACUUUUUGUUACCACAAAUAAAUUGCAUUUAUGGAGAGUUCAAGUGUGUGGAAGUAUUUUAUUCGCGACACUCGGGAUUCAGCGUCAUGCAGACUUUGCAAAAAAGAACUCAAAUGCAAAGGAUCAUCGACAACAGGGCUACGGCGGCACUUAAAAAGUAUUCACAAAUUCGGAAGAAGAGCAGCAGCAACAGCAGCGUUGUACCCCGAUGACGACAUGGAAAGCCAAUCAAUUGUCGUGGAAGAGAUAAAACCUGAAACUGAUUUCCUUGCAGUUCCAUCGGGCACAAAAGAUGAUUUGGAUGAUAGAGAUACUCCGGAGUAUUUAGACUAUGAAAUAAUGGAUACUCCAAAUGCUUCAGAUGUAAAACAGACUCAAAAGCGAAAUGUUUUACUCGAAUUGCUGGACUUGCACAAAGAGAAAAAGGACGAAGAUGCCUUAUUUUUGGAUAGUUUCUUGCCCACAAUUAGAACCCUCUCAAUGCAGGACAAAAUGCAAUUUAAAAUGGAAUUUCAGCAAUUGCUAUAUAAAUAUGUAUUUAAGGAAGUUGCAUAAAAAACCAUCAAAACUAAUUUUAAUUCGACAAAUAGGAUACAGAAAAAUGUUGAAAAAAUAUGUUGUACCUACUGAGCAAAUUGUAAUAAAAA